AAGUUGUUAUAGGUUAUGUUGUGUUUUUAUUGUAUAAUAUCAAUAUUAUGAAUAAUACUUUUUGUCUUUUGGCUUUUGCAAUUUGCAAUAAUUUAGUAUUUACUAUUUUAAUUAUAAAUAAAAAAUAAAUAUUUUAUUUAUUAAAAAUUAACCUAAAUUGUUUGUAAUAUCCACUGUGUGCACGAAUGAACAAUUUUAUUUAAUUAAUUUUAAAAAUGAAUGAUAAUCCAGAGACAUCAAGACCAAAGCGACAAAAAGCUGGGCAGACAAGUCGUUUUGAAGCAUUAGCAAAAUUGAAAAAGCUCAAAUCUGAUGGAACUAAACAUAAAUAUGAAGUGGAACCAAUGAAAAAUGUAUAUGAAGAAAUUUCAGAACAAGAAUACACAGAUAGGGUGGUUAAACGACAACAGGAUAAUUGGAUUGUUGAUGAUUAUGAUGUUGAUGGAUAUGUUGAAGAUGGAAGAGAAAUUUUUGAUGAUGAUUUGGACGAGGCAUCUAUUGUCAAAGAAGAAAAAAAAGGAAGAGGUAAAAAAAGAAGUAGAGCUGAUAAAAGUUUUGAUGAAGAUCUUCCAUCUUCAAAUAGGGAUAUCCAGAAAAUGUUUGCUAAUAUGCCUAUAAAAAAAAAAAAAGAGGUGCCAGUUAAUAUAGACGAAGAUGAUAUUCUUGAUGAUUUAAUUCAAGAAUUGGAUAAACCAGAAAUUACAAGGGCUCCACGAUUAGUUCAUAAUAAAGUUACAGAAAAAAUUAAAAGAGAAAAUCAAACCAGAGGAUAUUUAGAAUCAUUUUCUACUGUGUUAAAAUCUCCUCGGACACCUGUUAAUAAUAUUAUUAUAAAAACAGAAAAUACCGAUGAAAACGUAGAAAGUCCAAGUUCUAAAUUAAAUGAUUCCAAUGAUGUAAAUAAAAACAUUUCUCAAGCUAAAGAACUUAAUGCAGAACCAAUAAAAAAACCUGAAUUGGCAACAGAAAAUCCCAUAAAGCAAGAAUUAUUUGAUGAAAGUAUGGAUGACUGUAUUGAAGAUUUUGAUUUUGAAGAAGCUAUCCAGGCGGAAAAAAGUUUUAUGGAACUUACAGAAUUAAGUGUGAAAAAAGAGUUGACAAAAACAGAAAUUAAAAUUGACUUUGAAGAUACAAAAUGGCCGAUUGAAAAUGUUCAAGAGGAAGAACAAGUUGCUUUACCACAUGACAUUUCUUCUAAACUGCCUCUGACAUCAGAUAAGAAUGGAACUCAAGUUUUUCGUUUUUUUUACUUGGAUGCAUUUGAAGACGUGUUUAAACAACCUGGAGUUGUAUUUCUUUUUGGCAAAGUAAAACCUGUUAAUUUUGAUACAUAUGUAAGCUGUUGUGUAGUAGUUAAAAAUAUUGAAAGAAGAAUGUUUCUACUUCCAAGAAAUACAGUAAGAUCUAAAUUGAAUUUUAAAAGUAUUAAUAUUAUAAUAUUUACUACUAUAAUAUCAUGUAUAUCAUUACAGACAUCUGACAAUGAAGAAGUAAAAAUGGUUGAUGUAUAUAAUGAAUUUAAUAAUCUCACUGACAAGUACCAAAUACAAAAUUUUAAAUCACGCAAAAUUACUAAAAAAUAUGCAUUUGAUCUAGCUGAUGUCGCAGAUGAGAGUGAAUAUUUAGAGAUAAGAUAUUCUGCUUCCCAUCCACCUUUGCCUGAAGAUUUAAGUGGUAAAACAUUUAGCAGAGUAUUUGGUACUAAUACUUCAUUCUUAGAGCUUCUGCUCUUAGAUCAAAAGAUUAAAGGACCAUGUUGGUUGGACAUAAAAAUUCCUCAACUUUCAAAUAGUCCUAUGAGUUGGUGCAAAAUCGAGGUAUUGUGUUUAGAUAUGAAAAAUAUACAAUUAGCACCUACUGCUUCACCGCCACCGAUAGUCAUAAUGACUUUAAAUCCAAGAAUUACAUAUAACAGAAAAACAAAACAAAAUGAAAUAAUAAUUAUAAGUUGUUUGGUGCAUACACAUUUCCCAAUAGAUCAAGCUCCACCGUCUCAUCUUCAUAAUCAGUUUUUUUGUGCAAUAUCACGUCCAAGUAACAUUCCAUGGCCACUUCGAUAUCAAGAAGAAUUAAAAAAAUGUGGAGAUCCUUCUAAAAUUAUUAAAAUGGAUUCUGAACGAGCAUUGUUAACUUUUUUUCUUGCCAAGUUGUCCAAAAUUGAUCCAGAUAUGAUAAUUGGACACGAUAUAUGUAGUUAUAUAUUAUCAACACUUGUAGGCCGUUUAGAAGCAAAUAAAAUACAAAACUGGUCAAAAAUAGGUCGUCUUCGUAGGACUUUAUUUCCCAAAAAAGGGAAAUUUAUGAGUGAAAAAAGUGUGCUCAGUGGCAGAUUGAUUUGUGAUACUCAAAUUUCUGCAAAAGAAUUGAUUAAAGCAAGAAGCUAUGAUUUAUACUCGUUAUCCGAACAGAUUCUCAAUGUCAAAGAAAAUGAACAGUUUAAUUUAUCUGAUGAUGAAGUUAGUUAUAUGUAUUGUUCAGCUGUAUCUUUAAUGCAGCUCAUCAAAUUUACAAUUAUGGAUACUUCAUGCAUAAUGCGACUUAUGUGUCAAAUGAAUGUACUGCCUUUAGCACUUCAAAUUACUAAAGUAGCGGGAAAUUUACUAUCCAGAACCCUAAUUGGUGGUCGUGCUGAAAGGAAUGAGUAUCUAUUAUUGCAUGCCUUUAAUGAAAAAGGUUAUAUACUUCCCGAUAAACAGUAUAAAAAAAGAUCAAUGAAUAAAAAUGAAGAUAAUGUAGAAGAAGAGAAUACUAAAAAAAAUGGACGUAAAAAAGCUCAAUAUUUAGGAGGUCUUGUACUUGAUCCAAAAAUUGGUUUUUAUGACAAAAUGAUAUUAUUAAUGGAUUUCAAUUCACUUUAUCCAAGCAUAAUUCAAGAAUACAAUAUUUGCUUCACUACAGUUAGCUUUCGAACAUUGCUUGCUCAAGAGGGUGAUGAUGAAAUAGCUGAAUUAUUAAAGUUAACUCCAAAUCAAUCUGUUGCUCGUGGUAUCUUACCUGCCGAAAUUAAGUCGUUGGUGGAUUCACGAAGAGAAGUAAAGAAGUUAAUGAAUGAUCCAAAAAUAUCAGCUACACUUAAAGAACAGUAUAAUUUGAGGCAAACUGCACUCAAACUUACUGCCAAUAGUAUGUAUGGAUGUUUGGGAUUUACUCAUUCCCGUUUUUAUGCUAAGCCAUUGGCUGCAUUAAUUACCGCUAAAGGAAGAGAGAUAUUAAUUAGUACUAAAGCAUUAGUUGAGAAAUUAACAUUUGAUGUUAUUUAUGGAGAUACAGAUUCAUUAAUGAUCAACUCAAACUGUGUUGACUAUGAUCAAGUUAUGAAAAUUGGUUAUAAAAUUAAAGCUGAAGUCAAUAAAAUGUACAAACAAGUGGAAUUAGAUAUUGAUGGAAUUUUUAAAUACAUGUUGUUAUUAAAAAAAAAAAAAUAUGCAGCUAUUUCUAUAUCAAAACUUCCCUCAGGCGAAUUUAUAACUAAGGAAGAGAUCAAAGGGUUGGAUAUUGUAAGAAGGGAUUGGUCACAACUAUCACAAGAAGCUGGGCGAUUUGUCUUGAGACAAAUAUUAUCUGAUCAAUCUCCUGAAGAAAGAGUAUCAAAUAUUUGUGCUCAAUUGGAAAAACUUAGAGUUGAUUGCGAGGGAAAUAAUAUUCCGUUGGGACUUUUGGCCAUCAGUAAAACAUUAACUAAAGCACCUCAAGAUUACUCAGAUUCUAAAGCAUUACCACAUGUAGCCAUUGCUCAACGGCUUAACAAACAAAGUAUUAAAUUUAGACAAGGUGAUACUGUAUCAUAUGUGGUUUGUGAAGAUGGAACAAAUUUUGCAUCAAAUCAAAGAGUUUAUCAUAUAGACGAGCUAAAAAACAAUACUACUUUAAAAAUCGAUUUCAAGUAUUAUUUAUCACAACAAAUACAUCCAGUAAUAAUGAGACUAUGUGCACCAUUAGAAGACAUUGAUGCUAAAAUGAUUGCCGAACAUCUAGGUCUUGAUCCCACGCAGUACCAAAAUCAAAGGACAAAGACAAUUUAUGAGAAUUCACUUGAAGAAAAUGCAAUUGAUUUAGAUGAUGCAACAAGAUUUAGUAGUUGUGAUCCAUUUAAAUUCAAAUGUCUUGGCUGUAAAACCGAAGUAGAAAUAUUUUCACCAGCAAUUAAAACGGCUAAUGGUAAAUUAGAAUUUUCCUUAGAAAAUUGUUCUAAUUCAGAAUGUUAUAUUUCACCAUAUAAAUAUAUUGGGAUGAUGGAAAAUACUUUAUGGUCAGCUAUAAGAAAGCAUACGAUAAAGUUUUAUAAGAGUCAUUAUGUAUGUGAUGAUAGUACUUGUGAUUAUAAAAGCAAAUAUAUACCCCGAACAAGUGAUGAAAUUUGUACACAAUGUGAAUCAGGAACGUUAAAAAAGGAAUAUUCAGUCGGCCAACUAUUGUUUCAAUUAAGAUAUUACCUGUUUUUAUUUGACAUUGACAAAGUGUUACUCAGAAACAGGGAAAUACAAUUAUCUAUUGAAGAUCCAUUAUAUAUAGCUUAUAGUAGAUUAAAAGCUAAAGUUCAAAAAGUGCUUAAACAUCAUGAUUUCUACUAUGUUAACUUAAAACAAAUAUUUGGCCAAUAUUAGUUAAUAUUACAUUUUGUAUAAUACAUUAUUAUUUACCUAUUUUAUUAUUAAUUAGUAUAGUUACUAUAUCUAUUAUUAAUAUUUUACUUUUAUCAUAAAACCCAAAAAUCCAUUUAAUAUGCUUAUCAUUAUUUAAUUCUAAUAUAUUUUCAAACACAAAAUUGUACAAUACAUUUUUAUUUUAGUAAUUAAAUUGUAUAGUGUUCAUAUUUUUACUAAACAUAAAUAAAAUAGAAUAAUAAAAUACUUGUAUCAUUUCUAUUAUAUCUUAUCUAGUAUAAAUUAUAAUAAAAAUUAAUUACAUAGCAAAUAUAUUGUAGAAUU